AUGGCACUGGUCCAGGGGUUGCUCCCCACUGUCCUGUUGACACUGUGCUGGGCAACCAGCAAGGGAAGAGCCCAAGAAACUGUCCCCCUUAAAAGCCUGCGCUGUUUCAAUGACUACAACAGUCACAUCAAGUGCAGGUGGACAGACACUGAGGCUGGCCAGCGGCUCAUCAAUGUGACCCUUUACCACCGAGUGAACAAUGAUCAUCCACAGCCAGUGUCCUGUAAGCUCAGUGAUGACGAGCCCUGGUCAGACUGUCCAUCUUCACCCUGUGUGCCCAGAAGUUGUGUUAUUCACCAAAAGAACUUUGCCCUCGGCCUCAAUGACUACUUCUCCUUCCAGCCAAACAGACCACUGGGAGCCCAGCUCAGUGUUACCCUGACUCAGCAUGUCCAGCCUCCUGCACCCCAGGACCUGCUGGUCAGUGUCGCCGGGGACCGCUUCCUGCUGACAUGGAAGGUGAACCCUGGGGGUAACCAGACCAGCUGGCUGUCCGACUGGCACCUGGAGUCUGAGCUGGCCUACCGGCGACAUCAGGACUCCUGGGAGGAUGCCACCACCCUGUACUCCAAUUCCUCUCAGGCCAGUCUGGGGCCAGAGCACCUCGUGCCCAACAGCGGCUACGUAGCUCGUGUGCGGACAUGGCUGGCCCCGGGCACAGGGCUCUCGGGACGACCCAGUGAGUGGAGUUCUGAGGUCAAUUGGAAUUCACAGCCAGGGGAUGAGGCCCAGCCUCAGAACCUGCAGUGCCUCUUCAACGGGAUCGAUGUGCUCAGUUGCUCCUGGGAAGUCAAGUCUGAGGUGUCUCACUCCAUUCCCUUCACCCUCUUCUACAAGCCCAGCCCUGAAGCAGGGGAGAAGGAGUGCUCGCCAGUACUGAAGGAGAAUAUCAGCAACACCUACACCCGAUACCGGUGCAAGAUUCCCGUGCUGGAUCCCAGGACCCAUGACCAGUACACGGUCUCUGUCCAGCCAAAGAUGGUGGAGAAGCUUAUAAAAAGCUCGAAUCACAUCCAGGUAGACAGGCCAACCCUCAACGUGACCAAGAACGAGGACAGCUACUUCUUGCACUGGGAAGCACAGAAACAAUACUUCAGUCACAUAGCAUACACCUUCGAGGUUCAGUACAGGAAGGACACUGUCUCAUGGGAGGAAAGCAAGACACAGCCCCUGGUGAACGCCCACAGCAUGGCCCUGCCCCCUCUAGAGCCCUCCACCAGGUACUGGGCCAGGGUGAGGGCCAAGGUCAAACCUGAUGGCUACAACGGGAUCUGGAGCGAGUGGAGUGAGGAGCUUUCGUGGGACACAGAGUCAGUGCUGCCCAUGUGGGUCCUAGCGCUCAUCCUGGUUGUGAUCACCCUGGUCUUGCUCCCUGCUCUCCGUUUCUGCUGCAUCUAUGGGUACAGGCUAAACCAGAAGUGGAAGGAGAAAAUCCCCAACCCCAGCAAGAGCCACCUGUUCAAGAAUGGGAGUGCAGGGCUCCAGCUCCCAGACAACACACCAGUCUUCAACAGCGACAGUCUCUUACCCAAGGAACCAUGCGGCAGCCAUCUACUUAAGCCAGAGGGGGCGUAUCCUAUAUACUGUGGGGACAGUGAAGUGUCACCUCUCACCACAGAGAACCCCCAAAAAGCCUGCGACUCACUAUCUGCACCUGACAGCACUCAAACUGCCUGGAAGACCAAGAAGCAGACCCCUGACCCCUUGCCCAGCCUGUCUGCCCCUUCAGCCAGGCCUGAAAGCCAGACUUCUGGCUUCGACUUCAAUGGCCCUUAUCUCGGGUCACCCCACAGCUGCUCCCUGCCUGACAUCUGGGGCCAGCUGGCAUCUCCCACCAUGGACAGGAUGGGGAAGCCACCACCAGCAGGGUCUCUGGAGUACCUGUGCCUGCCUGAGGGGGGACAGGUGCAGCUGGUCCCUCUGGCCCAGGCCAUGAAGCAAAGCCAGGCCAUAGGUGUGGAUUUGGGGCCCAGCUCAGGGUCUGAGGGAGAAGGCCCUGUCCUUCCUCUACCUGGGCCCACGGUGGGUGCAUGUGGCACAAAGGACAGCCCAGUGGCUCCACCCACUGAUGCAGGUGACCCUGAGGACCAUGUCAGGACCUCUGGUUAUGUUACCACUUCAGACCUGGUUUUCACCACACCCCCAGAGGCCUCAUCUGUCUCCUUGGUCCCCCCUCUGGACCUCUCCUCCCACGAGAACACCAGCUUCUGUCCUGGACUGGCCAGUGAAGCCCCUGGAGCCCCAAGCCCCCAGCAGUCAGGAUUUGAGGGUUAUGUGGGGCUCCCUCCAACCAUGAGUCAGUCCCCCAAGUCCCCCUUUGGCAGUCCCACCUUUCCUGUACCCAGUAGCCCAAUCCUGAGUGUAGGAGCGCCCCAGACACAUGAACUCCCUGUGUCUCCCCACCCUGAGGGACUUCUCGUCCUACAUCAAGUGGGUGAUUACUGCUUUCUCCCUGGUGUAGGUCCUGGUCCACUCUCACCCCGGAGCAAGCCCUCUUCUCCCAGUCCCCAUUCUGAGAAGGGGGGCAUAGAUCAGGUGCUCCCAGCCAAGAAGCCUGUGGGCCCAGCUAUGCCCCAGGUGCCAGCUGUUCAGCUUUUUAAAGCCAUGAAGCAGCAGGACUAUCUAUUGAUGCCCCCCCGGGAGGUGCGUUGA